GCUGGCUGUAAUUUGACGUGGCAUGAAAAGUCUUCUCUAAACUCUUUGAAUGUCUGUGUAGCUGAAUUGAAGAGCUCUCCUACAGAAGCCAUGCUUCUGAAUAUGAGCAGAAAAGAUUUUCACAAUCUGCUGCGUUCAAGGCUGGAAUAUGAGUAAAUAUACAGUUAAGAGUAUUCUUUCAGAGUGGUCAGUUGUGUUAUCUUUUGUCUGAGUUUGCUGAAAACAAGUUUUGCCAUGGGGUGUGGACUUAGGAAGCUGGAGGAUUCCGAUGACAGCAGUCCUGGAAAAAUCUUCUCAACAAUAAAAAGGCCACAAGUAGAAACAAAAAACGAUUUGGCUUAUGAGUAUGUCUUACUGGACUUCUCCUUAGAAGCAUCUGCAAAUAUCAAUGCUAUAAAGAUCAAGUCAUUGCUUGAUAUUCCAAGCAAGAUAGAAGAAUACUACUUAAGAGGAUAUAUGGUUGCUGCAAUCCAUCCAAUUACUGUUUCUAGUGGUCAUAGAAGGCAGUUACCCAUUAGUUUCUUGUAUCGAGUAGUACUAUAUCGACUUAAAUUAAGUCAAAAGCAUGCAGUAUCCACAGGACAGAAACAGGCCAGUCUUGUUAUUGAGGAAUGGAUGUCACUAUACGAAGCUCUGACAAACGAAGGAAUAAAAAUUCUGCUAGAAAAAGUGAAUGACGCAUCCAGAAAAGGCAUGAGGUUUGUUGGAUUCAUAACAAAGCACUUUCAUCAGUCUACAAACACCUUGGUGGAUGUACAAAAACUGGAGCAAAACAGCAGCAAAAACUCUAAUGAGGAUGCUAACAGGCGAACAGAGGGAACAAUCAGUGGGCAUUCUUCAGAAAGUGGAAUUGAUGAAGAAAUCCAUUUAGGAAAUGAUGGCAUACAAGACUCUGUAUUCCCGGAUGAAGGGACUUUAACAAAAUUAAGGAAAUGUCAAGGAAAUACAUUAUAUGCUGUAUUUAACAUCCUGGAAAAUGAUGUAAGUGGCUGCAAAUACAUUGAAGGGAACCUCUCAAUGAAAGUGUCUCGAAAAGGCACAACAGUCAGUGCCCUUGAAGCAGACUGGCUGGAAAUGACUACUUAUUACUUCAAGCAGGGCUUUUCUUUAAUUGAUUCUUUUGUACACUGGGAAAUGCUCAGAGGGGAACAAACACCAAAAUUAUUGGAUGGAUUAUUUGUCUAUGAAGAUGAAGCUUCUCGAGUUAUCGCCUCAAAGAACAGAGGAAAUGAUGCAAUAAUAGUAGAGCAGUGGACGGUAUUCGAGGGUUCUGAAAUUAAAACAGACUAUGGUCCUUUGUUGCACACUUUGGCAGAAUUUGGAUGGCUUCUGACUUGUGUCAUACCAACACCCAUAAUAAGGCAAAACAGUGAAGGAAAUUUGACAACGAAGCAAAUAAUUUUUCUUCAAAGACCAAUUAUGCCACAUUCAUCUCAACUUUCAGUUCCAUCAUCUGAGAAAAAAAUACAGAGACACUUAGUAAAUGAGGAAAAGAUUACCACAUCUAAUCAAAGCAUCGGACUUCAAACUCCUGGAAAACGUGUAGAUACGGGACAUGUAUCAGAAGAAAUGUACUUAUCCUCUUGUAAGCAAUACUGGAAUAAAGAGAGUCAUCAAGAAUUUGGGAGUUUUCCUGGUUUCAACAGCAGUGAUAGCAUGCUCCGCGAUUUGGAUGAUUUGCAGUUUGAUCAAGAAGAAGGUGUGACACAGGUUACCUGUAUGUGAUCAAGACUUCUGGUAUCAAGUCCAUUUCUAAAUUGUUCUCUAAAAGGAAUGUUCUUGCAUUACAUAUACAUAAGGGGACUUACAAGAAAAAGAAGCUUACACUAGCAAGAUUCAUGACCACUUGGCACUGUAAUGCACUAAUGAUAUUGUGGAUGCUGGACAUGGCUAUUCGAGUGCUUAUGACAUAUUUAAUAUGGCUUGGCCAAUAAAAAAUUACAUAAUUGCAGCAUUUAAAGAACAUAAACAAAAUUACAUACUGUAUCAUUCAAAACUAAAAAUAGGUUGCCUAUCAGAGUUCCUAUUGUCUAGCUCAAUCCAUACUGUUUAGUGUUGGU